UUUAUCUUUCACUCAAUAAGAAAUUCGAUAUAAACACUCAACCGGUUAACAGACAUUGAAAUUAAAAUUUUGCGUAUAAAUAGUGUGUUGAUUGGGAAAAUUGUAUCAAUUAAAUUUCGCUUCAGACGAAAACACAUACAAAUCCUAUCAAAAUGAAAUUCGUAAUUUUGGGUCUUGCUCUUAUCGCCGCUGCAUCAGCCAGCCCAAUUGGAUCACUUCUUGCUGCUCCAGCCCUUGGUGCUACAAUUGCUCCAGCUAUUAGUGCUUCCGUUGCUCCAUUGAUUGGUGCUUCUGUUGCUCCAGCCCUUGCCACUGGUAUUGCUACUCCACUUGCCGCCGCCUCCAUUGCCAGCCCUCUUCUCGGUGCCUCAAUUGCCGCUCCAGCUUCAGUUAUCGCUGCUCCAGCUAUUGCAUCAUCCAUCGCUGCUCCACUUACUGCUGCUUCAAUUGCUGCUCCAAUUUCUCCACUUUCAGCUGGCAUCGUCCCAAUUGGUCUUAAUGCUGGAAUUCUCGGCCAAGGUAUCGUUCCAUCUGCUCUUUCUGCUGGAAUCCUUGGACAAAACAUCAUUGCUGCCCCAGCUUUAGGUUCAUUGCCACUUGGACUUAAUGGUUUGGGUGCUCCUCUUCUAUUGAAAAAACGUGCUUAAAUUAUUAUUUAAAUUAGGACUGAAUGAAAAAGGAAUAAACUAACUGUGUUGGUGAUAUA